AUGAAUUCAGUCAAGGUACUCCUUUCUCUUGAAGCCAAUCUAGAUAGGCUAAUUCACCAAUUUGAUGUGAAGAACACUUUCUUACAUGGUAAUCUAGAAGAAGAAGUUUAUAUGGACAUUCCUCAUAACUUUGAAUAUGUUAAAACAAAAGUACUUACAAGAGAUGAUGUUAAAGAAAUUCCUCGUUUAAAGGAAUAUUUGGCAAGCAAGUUUGAAAUAAAAAACUUGGGGAACUUGAAGUAUUUCAUAUGUGGAGGAGUUCCUGUUGACAGGGGGAGCUAUCAGAGACUAGUGGAUAAGCUCAUUUACCUAUCACAUUCACGUCUAGACAUUGCUAUUGCGGUUAGUGUGGUCAAUCAGUUCAUGCAUGCUCCUCAUGAGGCACACUUGGCUGCAGUUAUGCGAAUUCUUAGAUACUUAAACUCUUCGCCUGGAAUGGGCCUCUAUUUCUCCAAACAUGAUUAUCUUAGUGUGGAAGCUUAUAAAGAUGCUGAUUGGGUAGGAUAG